UGGAGUCGGUUACUAAUGACGUAACAGCUUAUGCGACAGGUUGAGGUCGGAAGACAAACCUUCCCAACGUGUUAUCUAUCUAGCUAGCUAUAGUAGGUACUCUGAUCAAUCUCAUUUUCCCCGAGAGACGGAUAUAAUAAAACCCAGAUACGAUGCGGUUGUUAAGUCGAGCGGUGUUGCGGGCCACGAUGACACACCGCUGUCGUUACUUUUCUGUGACACAAAACAACCGGAACGCCAGAAAAGGUCUGGUACUCGGUGUUUACGAGAGAGAGAAGGAGGACGACUCUCUCCGUCUAACUGAAGCAGCAGCUGGUGUCGACAGAGUUCUGUCUGGUAAACUGACUGAGCUGUUACAGAUAUCAGGACCAGGUCUGAAGAAAGGGAAGACCAGAAUAUUCUACGGUCUUCACGAGGACUUCCCAUGCAUAGCAGUAGUAGGACUAGGGAGGAACUCUCUGGGUGUGUGUGGAACAGAGUACUGGGACACCUGUAAGGAGAACAUCAGGGCUGCGAUAGCAGGAGGCUGCCGGGUUCUCCAGGACCAUGCGUUGACCCAUAUAGAGGUGGACGGGUGUAAUGACAGCCAGUCAGCAGCAGAGGGAGCUGUUCUGGGGAUGUUUACUUACGAUGACCUGAAAACCAAGAAGAAGACCAGAGUCACCACACAGCUGCACGGCAGUGGGUGUGUGUCUGGCUGGGAGAAGGGCGUGUUGUACGGAGAAGGGCAGAACCUGGCCCGUUACCUGAUGGAAGCUCCAGCCAAUCAUGUCACUCCGUCAGUCUUCGCUGACACCAUCACAAACAGACUGGCUCCCUACGCCGACCACGUCACCGUCCAUAAGAGGUCUCAAGAGUGGAUAGAGGAGCAGCAGAUGGGAGCGUUCCUCAGUGUUUCUAAAGGCUCAGAGGAACCCCCUGUCUUCCUGGAACUGCACUACAACGGUUGUCCUGACAACACACAGUGUCCUCUACUGCUGGUGGGCAAGGGCAUCACCUUUGACAGUGGUGGGAUCAGUCUAAAGCCUUCGUCAGGUAUGGACGCUAUGAGGGCUGAUAUGGGAGGAGCCGCCACUGUGUGUUCCGCCAUCGUCACGGCAGCAGCCCUCAACCUGCCAAUCAACAUCAUAGGUCUAGCACCUCUCUGUGAGAACAUGCCCAGUGGGAAAGCCAACAAGCCUGGAGACGUCGUCACCGCCAAGAACGGCAAAACCAUACAGGUGGACAACACGGACGCAGAGGGACGGUUGAUCCUAGCAGAUGCUCUCUGUUACGCUCACAGCUUCAACCCCCGGGCCAUCGUCAACGCUGCUACCCUCACUGGAGCGAUGGACGUCGCUCUGGGUUCAGCAGCCACGGGAGUCUUCACCAACUCUGACUGGCUCUGGGAGCAGCUUCACAAGGCCAGUGUGGUAACAGGGGACCGGGUGUGGAGGAUGCCAUUGUUUCAACAUUACACCAGACAGGUCACUGACUGCCAGCUGGCCGACCUCAACAACGUGGGCAAGUACAGCCGUUCUGGCGGAGCCUGCACGGCGGCAGCGUUUCUGAGGGAGUUUGUGACGGCCCCUCAUUGGGCGCACCUGGACAUCGCCGGGGUGAUGACCAAUAAGGACGAGGUUCCCUACCUGAAGAAAGGAAUGUCUGGGCGACCGACACGAACACUGGUAGAGUUCGCUGCUGGACUGGCCAACCAAGCCUGAAGACACACACACCACAUCUACACACACGGAGCUGGCUGGAGAAGGAUUAUUCUGUAGAGACAGAGACUGUGGUACUGUGUAGAAUCACAGGUUGCUUCCCAAGUAGCACCCUAUUCCCUACCCAUUGGACUGGUCAAAAGUAGUGCACUACCCACAGGACUGGUGAAAAGUAGUGCACUAUAUAUAUAGGGAAUAGGCCCUUUUUGUCCACUACCCAUUGAACUGGUCUAAAGUAGUGCACUAUAUAGGGAAUAGGCCCUUUUUGUCCACUACCCAUUGAACUGGUCUAAAGUAGUGCACUAUAUAGGGAAUAGGGUUCUAUAGGGUCCUGGUCUAAAGUAGUGCACUAUAUAGGGAAUAGGGUUCUAUAGGGCUCUGGUCUAAAGUAGUGCACUAUAUAGGGAAUAGGGUUCCAUAGGGCUCUGGUCUAAAGUAGUGCACUAUGUAGGGAAUAGGGUUCUAUAGGGCUCUGGUCUAAAGUAGUGCACUAUAUAGGGAAUAGGGCUCUAAAGUAGUGCACUAUAUAUGGAAUAGGGUUCUAUAGGGCUCUGGUCUAAAGUAGUGCACUAUAUAGGGAAUAGGGUUCCAUAGGGCUCUGGUCUAAAGUAGUGCACUAUAUAGGGAAUAGGGUUCCAUUUGGGACGUAUCCUGAGUUAUCUGGUAGUAGCCUGUUGUGCAUAGAGGGCUGAAGAGGACAUUUCCACCCCCGUGCCCCCUCCCCCCGUGCCCCAGCACAUGUAACUAAAUCCCUCUCUAGCCUAGUUUAUAGCCUACAUACGUAUGCAUUGAGAAACUGAAUUUUCAUGUAAAUGGACAAAGUAUAUCGUAUCCUACCCUUACAAAAAAAGAUUGCAGUCAGAGUGCAGUGUAACUGCAUCCAAAAUAAGUUAUUUUUUACUGCAGUAAUUUUGCAAUUACUGUUUCCAAAAUACCACUUGUCGACUGGAAUCUUAUUUUGUAACGGUAACUACAAGUAGCUAUGCAAAAUGUUGUUGCGUAGCAAAACUACGCAGCCCUGCAAUUUAUAACCGGAUGCAAGAACGCUCUUUUGCGUAGCGUUCUUGCGUUACAUACGUAGAGUAAAAACUAGGCUUCAGUGACAGUCAGUAAACCAACCUCUGUCCAGUAGUUGUGGGAGAAACGCUAAUGCUGAAUUUGGUAUGCACUUAUGCACACAAAAACUAUAAAAUAUUAUCAUGUCAUUUAAAUAAAACACCAAUAAAACCAUUUUGGAGGAUCAA